AUGACUGUUCUCGAUGAUCAAUCUGCAACUCGGCCUUGGCGCAAAAUUGGCUGGGAUGAAGAUCACCCACCUUCCUUCCUCCCGCACCCACGCGCCUUGCAUCGCCAGCGAGUGCCAGAAGCUCAAAUUUUAGCUUCUACAAUUAUGGCCUUCUUAUAUUCCCUAGUAAAGGUCAUAUAUCCCUUGUUGGUGAUCCUUGCGGCCGUGUUGCUUUACAGCUAUGGACCAGAGCACUCCUUGACGACCCUCGUAUCGCCAGUGACCCACCACACGCCCACAUCUCCAUAUGCUGCAAGCUGGAGGUCAUGGUUUCAUCCGCUCCAAUCACAAUUAGGCUAUGCACCUACAUCCCUGAAAAAAGAUUGGAAUGUUCUGCAUCACCUUGGGGGCAAUGGGCCUUGGGUCGAAAUGUUGGAUGAAGGCAGCCGGACACCAGAUUUGGCGCCGUCACCGGGCUGUUCAAUCGAUCAGGUGCAUAUGAUGUCGCGGCACGCAGAGAGAUACCCCACGCCGCUUGUUGGCUAUCGGCAUCUAAAGUUCUUGGAGCGCGCCAGGUUACUUGAACUACCUUUCAACGGCUCACUCGAAUUCCUGAACGAAUGGACCUACUUUACUGACAACCCCGAACGGGAUUUCGGCCAGUUGACUAGUACAGGCCCCUACGCUGGCACACUAGGUGCUUUUACCACUGGUGUGCGCUUUCGCACGCGGUAUGGUGAAAUAUUACCGAAAGACAAUACAAUCCGAUUCUGGGCCAGUGACUCGGAGCGCGUCAUUGAAUCGGCCCGCUACUUCGCCUCCGGGUUAUUCGGUCUUAACUGGGAAAGCAGAGACAAGGCUGUACUAGAGAUCAUCCCGGAGACAUUUGAGCGAGGAGCAGACACUCUGACGCCAGGUGAUACCUGCCAAAGAUAUCUCGAGGACACCACAGAUGGCCAUGAUAAUGGCGAUACAAUGCUGAGGCACUAUCAAGAUGUGUAUACCCCCGCAAUUGCUGCGCGGUUGACCAGCGAGAAUCCAGCUUUAGGCAGCCUGCUUAAUACGGAAGUAUACGCCAUGCAGGAGAUGUGUGGCUUUGAGACCAUGGUCCGUGGAUCGAGUCCCUGGUGUGAUGUUUUCACCGAGGAGGACUGGCUCCAUUUCGAGUACGCCCGCGACAUCAAGCAUUACUAUGGGUCUGGGCCGGGGAAUCCAUAUGCUGGAGCAAUGGGAUGGCUCUGGUUGAACGCCACAGCAACACUCUUAAAGGCUGGACCAGAAGCUGGGCCGAUGUUCUUAAGCUUUGUACAUGAUGGCGAUAUUUCACCGCUACUUGCAGCCCUUGAUCUUUUCAAGGACCCACGCAAUACUCCCCUUCCGCUCACAUACCCUCCAGCAGAUCGCUCCUGGAAGACGUCCACUAUUCUCCCUAUGGGCGCUAGGAUUACAUUCGAGCGGAUGACUUGCCCAACUGAGGAUGACAGGGAUGACGAGGUAUACGUCCGCAUCAACGUUAAUGAUCGGAUCGUACAACUACCGGGCUGUGUGGCGGAUCCAGGGCAUACCUGCUCUUUGGAUAGUUUUCUUCAAUAUGUGAAUUUCAGGAGGGAGGAAGUAGGUGAUUUUGGCGAGGUGUGUGGACUGGAAGGGCAUGCCGGGAAAAUCACUUUCUUGCAUCAGGAUCGAGAUUAG